AUGUCAUUACUACUCAAUGUCUUCCUUGAGCAUGCUGUCAUGUGCACAGCAGUACCCAUAAUAUUUCUGACUACUACUAUUGCUGAUGCCCCUCUGUAUAAACCAAUUCAGUGCAAGAGUCAAUACACCAAUCAUCGUCACCUCUUUGUCAAGAAGAUGUUUUUUGAAAGGAGAUGGGGUGCAUUCAAUGCACAUGUCCUAGCGAAGUGUGAUGACCACUGGAUCACAUUGCCAAAUGCUGACUAUGUUCCCCAACCCUUCAUCUUCGAUGGAGAAACAAUCAUGCCCCUGCAUGAUGGACAGUUUGGCCAUAUAGACUGUUUUCAAUGGCCACAGUUAUUCACAGAACACUACACAUGGAGUCCAUGUUUCCCCCAGAAAGUGGCCUAUGGAGAUGACCCAAUGUGGAAGUGGCUGUGGUGGAACAUUACCCAGUCAGCAGAGGAUUUUGUGCUGGAAAGAGUGUCUGCCUUCAAAGUUGGCAGGAUUCAUGCCGACAAGUGGAAAUUGGCUAAAGAAGCACCCCCACUACAAAGGUCCUCUGAGACCCGAUUCAUGGCUGGGGUCAUGUCAGCAAUGUCUCCUGCAUCUGAAGACAUGCAAGUGUUGAAGACUGUUGAGAUUACAUGCCCUCAUGACAUAGUCACAGAUCCUGAGGUUUUUGAGGUCAGGCAGAUGCUGAAAUGGCACAGCACCUGGUACCACCCUGGUGAAUUGCACCACAGGCACACUCAACAAGGCCCAGUGAUUGGGCUUGAGCAAUUUGUGGCUCCCUGGCCAGAACCACCAUGCACCAGCAGUGGUGUGGCCUCGACUCCCACAAGAAUGGUUCCCAUGGCUUCCAAUGCUGCAAGUUCCAGCAGUGCAAGUUCAAAUCCCCCUGUGGGCUUGAGAGGAGCCAAGCCGUUGGUUGUUCUGAAUCCCAAACUGUGGGAAGACCUCAGCAAUCCAGCUAUUCCCCCUGCUAUGUCCACAUGGCACACUGCCCUGAAGGAUGUGAAUAAGGAUGCAAAAAGGGUUAGUCCCAAUGCACCCAAGGUAGCUUACUUCCUUCCCAGCCUGAGUCUGUUUGUGAGGGGCAAGUCCUCCAAUCACCAGCAGAGUCCCAAGCUUGUCAGCCUCCAACACAACAUACCUAGCCAUGUACAAUUCUGGGAUAUCUCAAUUUCCCUUGCAGACCUUGCUACCAUCGAUCAGAUGAUGAAAAGCAAGAUUUUAUGGGAUUUAUAUGAACACAACUUCUGGUUCAAGUUGGUCACUCUUGACCAUGUGAUGAUGCCUAGCUUGUGGUCCAAUCGGGAUUCAGAGUGGCUUGAUCACGUCCAGCAGAUUUUCCCUGGUGAUUCAGAACUCACCAUGUGUGCUGAGCCUUUCCCUCAGCAAAAUCAAGGCCUCAGCUCGUCUGACUUUCAAUCGAAAUGGGAGUAUGUAGAGAAGCUCUGGGCAUUACUUGCUGUAUGGCCAGGAUGCCCCUCAGACUUGGUGGAGCCAAUUAUGCCAUUAGCAUCAUUGUUGGAUGUCUGGGCAAUGGAAAAGAAGUUGGCUAUAUUUUAUGUACAGUCAUUCUUUGAUACUUUUGGUUGUUUUCCCCUUCUUCCCCACCUUAUUCCAACUGCACCACAUGGUUAUGGUUCAAAUACACACUGCAAUUGCAAUCUCAUUUUGUUUGUCACACACUUGCUGUCUCUUUCCCCAUUGCCCUCGCUAGUUGUGUGCAAAGGUGUGGUCCCCCUGUAUGAGUUACUGCCCCAACAAACCAGAUUCCUGACUUGCUCUGUGUGGAUGAUCUCGUGGUCCUUGUUGACCAUCAGACUGCUGAACCUUUGUGCCAUGUUCCUGGAACUGCAGGGCUAUACCUUCCUGUUGAGCACUUGCUCACCUUACCUGGCCAUCGCACUUUCACACAACACCCCAGUGAUUCCUCUGACCCACACAUCCAAUGCUGCUCUGCUUCGAGCACUGCUUGCCCAUUAG